AUGUGUGCAUGCGUCCAACCCACUCCACAUCUAUCCCAUACAGGCAAGGAGCUGGGCCGCGGGCUGUAUGGCAUCACGUACAUGGCAAGGCACCGCAAGUCGCAGCAGCACUUUGCCUGCAAGACCAUCACCAAGCGCCACCUGUCCCCCACGUCAUGUGCCAACGUGACAAGGGAAGCAGCCAUUCUCGCCCACCUGUCCACGGGCCACGCGGGCAUUGCGACGCUCAUCGACCAAUACGAGGACGCCACGUGUGUGCACUUCAUUCUGCAGCUCUGCACAGGCGGCAUGCUAUAUGAUGGGAUCAAGGCGGAGGGCAGCUACAGUGAGCGGCGGGCGGCCGGCAUGGUGCGGCAGAUAGUGCAGGCGGUGCAGUACAUGCAUGAGCGGGGCGUUAUCCAUCGCGAUCUCAAGCUCGAAAACUUCCUGCUGCUGCACCCCGGGGACGAUGCCCCACUCAUGGCCAUUGACUUUGGCCUCUCAACAUUCUUCGAACCGGGCCAGCGCUUAAAGGAGGCGGUGGGCAGUGCGUACUAUGUGGCACCGGAGGUGUUGAGAAGAGACUAUGGCAGCGUUGUGAUGUGUGGAGCGUUGGAGUCAUCACAUACAUGCUGCUGUGCGGCACUCCACCAUUUUGGAAUGGGCAUAUGUGAGGCGGUGCUGAAGGGAGAGUACGAGAUGAGCAGUGCCCCCUGGCCGGCCAUCUCCCAGCAGGCGAAGCACCUGGUGGGGCGCAUGCUGGAAAGCGAUGCAGCCCAGCGAAUCACCACCCGGGAGAUUCUAGAGCAUGAAUGGGUGCGAGAGGGAGGAGCACCCGCGUGCCCUCUGUCUCUUCCCGUCAUGAAGCGCAUGCGCCAAUUCUGCCAGAUGAACCACCUCAAGCGACAAGCUCUUGCAGUGGUGGCGAGAUCAGAAUAG